UUGUGAUGCUUUGUCGGCCGGAGUGUCGUGAAAAAAGCCACUAGGGGGGUCAUUUUGGAGCUGGUUUUUGUGAGGCGCUGGUGUUGAGCGAUGGACGAGGACAUUUUGACCACCCUUAAGAUCUUAAUCAUUGGCGAGAGCGGCGUCGGCAAGUCCAGCCUCCUACUACGGUUCACAGAUGAUACCUUUGACCCAGAGCUUGCUGCAACAAUUGGUGUUGACUUCAAAGUGAAAACAAUUGUGGUUGAUGGAAAUAAAGCAAAACUUGCCAUAUGGGAUACUGCUGGACAGGAGCGGUUCAGGACCUUGACUCCUAGCUAUUAUCGUGGAGCACAAGGUGUCAUCCUGGUGUAUGAUGUGACCAGAAGAGAGACCUUUAUACGGCUAGAAAAUUGGUUGAAUGAAUUGGAGACGUAUUGCACAAGGAAUGAUAUUGUGAAAAUGUUAGUUGGAAACAAAAUUGAUAAAGACAAUCGUGAAGUAGACCGGAAUGAAGGGUUGAAGUUUGCAAGAAAACAUUCCAUGUUAUUCAUAGAGUCAAGUGCAAAGACGCGUGAUGGUGUGCAGUGUGCAUUUGAAGAGCUCGUUGAAAAGAUUAUUCAGACACCUGGCUUAUGGGAAAGCGAAAGUCAAAAUACUAAACUUAGGCUAUCGGACUCGCCUGAUGCCAACAGUGGAGGUUCUUGUGGUGGAUAUUGCUCAGUACUGUAAGACUUUGGAUGCAAUUACUUUGUGCCAAUUUUAAAUAAUUGGUGAAUCAUUUGUAUAAAUUCUAGAGUUGACAUUGCAGUUUGCACAUUUUGUUCAUGUUGUAUAAAACUAUCCCUGUAAUUCCCCAAGGCUAUGUCAGUUGUAGACAUGCAGAAUUUUGAAAUCCACAGUCGGUGUUCAAAAAACAUAUUUCUUGUAAUGUCAAAUCUCCUUGUAAUUUGAAAAUAACAUUUAAAAAACACUCAUCAAUGAGGGUUAGAGUUCAUGUGUACACAUUUGUACAGGGUAGGUUCAUCUAGAAACAAUCUAUCCACUGUAGUCUCAAAAUGUUUUUUCUUGUAUUUUCACACUUCAGUGCUGAACCACAUCACUGUCUUUCCCUGACCCCAGCCUCAAAUAUUUAAUAUGGUUUGCAAAUUUUGGUAUGUUUUAAGAUAACUAUAUUUUCACUGCUGUUAGUCUAGCUGACUAAACAUAGCUGCACGAGAGGAGUAAAUUUGUAUCAGAUGUUAAAGUAUCAACGUUUCUUCAUAAACUACUGUUUCACACUGUUUCAGUAAAAUCUUGCUCAUUUUUUUUCACAGCAGCAGAGUUUUUUAAGCUGUCAUAUCCACAGUUGUGUUAAACAGAUGUGCUCCAAGAAAGAUGAAUGGCAUGUAACUCUAAAUUGUUGAAAACAUAUGUUUUUUUAAAGCCUACCAUACUCACAGUGAAGAUUAAAUCUAUUGUAGCGGUCCCUCCCAUAACAACCAAACGAUCAGAAUCAUUUCAAAAGAUUGUUCAAACGUUUGUGAGGUUAAUCUUUGCAGUUAACUAAAUAUCGAAAUACUCUUCUAACAUUCUAGCUUUAAAUUACCUUGUCAAUAUUUCUGUUAAGCCUUAUUCAUUUAGAAUUCCAUUAUUAUAUAUUCACGUUUGAAAGUAUUGUGCAAGCUACACUUUCAUGCAAUCUACAAUUUUUCUUUUAAAUGGUGAUUCUGAAAAUUGUUUUUAAGAAACGUAGACUUAAGGUUGAAUAAGAAUUGUAGAGAACGGAACGCUAAGGUUGAGUCAAAAUACUAAAAUGUAAAGUCGUCAUUGCUGUAUGCUUCCAGUGUUUAUUUAUUGCUUUAUCUUGUGGUUAAAUGGUAAAUGAUCAUAACUAUGAAAUUAAAGAAAUAAUCCCAGUGCUGUUUAAUUUUUACUCUGUUAUAUCUUAUGAGCUGCACAACUAUGUUUUUAUGGUAGGACAUUUGGUAUCUCCAAGGAUUAAUAAAAGGCUAAACACUUUGAAUUGAGCUGGUUGAAAACUAAAUGUAGAAAUAAAAUUUGUAUUUGUAUAGUGCCUUUAAUAUACUAAAAUGUGCCGAAGUGUUUCACAAUGGCAUUAUCAUCAAAGGCUUCUGCAUAUGCAAUCGUUGAUUCAAUGUGCAAGACUCAACUGAUUCUCCAAGUGUGAACAGCACUCUGACCUUGCCUAGGCUCCCAUUUGAAUAUUAGUCUCAGUAUUUCAAACAGGCAGUCAAACAAUUUGGUACUGUCCUCUGAAGUCUUCACCUUGAAAAGAGAGGGAGACAGGAAAAGAUUGCUGAACAAGGAGAGAUCAAUAUCCUAAAUUUGUGUAGGGUGCUGCCUAACUUUUAAAGAAACGAAAUUAUCUGUUUAAUUAUGACUGCAAUUAGUGACAUAGUACAUAAAGAUUGAGGAUUGUGAAUGAAAAAUUAAAAUGGUGUAAACUGCAUUGUGCAGGUAUAGCGUGAGGAUAAUUUGGAUAAAUGUUUUACAGUUUUACAAUUAUAGCAUAAGGUAUUACGUUUAAAAUAGACUGUAUAUAAAUAAAAAUUCCAUGAGUCAA